AUGCUAUUCCUCUUGACAAUGCUGAUUAUGUGUGGCCACUGUUCAAGGUCCGACGGCUUCUCCCCCCAGAAGCGUCAGGUUGAACCAGUUUCAGCGGUCACAGGGCCAGGAGUCUCAACAUUGACAGACCCAAAUACCGUACCGCAUGCUGCAACAUCCGCAUUUACAGGUACAGGGGAGCUGUUAAGCUCUGCGGCCACGUCCUUGAUCGGGCUCACGCUGCCAUCGCCGACGUCAACUCCUGGGUCAGACCAGACCUGGUAUUCCUCGCUAUCUGACGCAUCGAUGGCGAGUACUGCGACAUCCCUUAGCGGGAGCAACACCGUCAUUACUGCAGACACCAGCGGUUAUGUCACCACUGAUUCCAUCAGCGCUGCAGGAUCUUCGGCUAUGGCCCGACCCAGUGCUUCCCCAAUGUCUGAUAGUUCAGCGGUAGCAGAAGCCUCCUCUGUACCAGCUUCCACAACUACGACCGCAGGUUCGGGUUCGGCUUAUAGGGACACGGCACUCUCCAGCACAAUCUCCCCAGCAAGAAGUUCAUCUUCCGGAGGAGCAGCAUCCUCUGCAGGCUCAUCUUAUUCCUCUAGUUUUUCGACACCAGGCCCGGCUUCGACACUGUCUAAUUCGACUUCUUCGUCUUCCGCGGGCUUCGAUAUGUCCCAGACGCCUUCUGCUAUCGCCACAGUCAACACGACAACAACAUUCUACACGACCGUAUCGACCGAAGUCACGGUCACAUUGCCUUCUGGAGUGCAAGAGCCGUCGACAGUUGAGCUGACUGGUGAGCCAACUCUCACUGUGAGUCCAAUCGGGCCGGUAACCCCUGAACCUCACAUGAUCAGCUCUCCCUCAAACGAGACCACCCCAGCCGUAUUUGUGACGGCUACUGGACCAUCUAUAUCCACCGUGACUGUAUACAUCACCUUUACUCCAUCGGUGCCGACGACGGUCACGACCGUGACUGUUAUGGAGUUCACGCCAACAAUUUGUUCUGGCAGUGGCUGUUCCUUGACAACCCCGGUCUCAAGUUAUUCGCCUCCUCUCUCAAGUGUACCUGGAUCGAACUCGACAAGCCCGCCGAGCACGACGACCUAUUCAUACUCUACAUUCUGGCAAAGCUAUUCAAGCUACAUGGCCGCUCAUCACAACACAACUGCCGGCCUAUCUGGAGCAUAUACGUCGAAUACAAGCUCGGUUUCUGGUUCUCAAGAGUCAAUUGCUACUCCGGGCAGUAGUGCAGUGUCUAGCCCCAGUGUUUCUCGCGCAAAGAGCUCUCUUCCUCCAGGCGUCUUCGUCUUCCCUGACACCAAUGGAAUCGGCUAUUCGUGGUCUGUCAUAACCCUGCCCAACGGGCAUCUUACACAGACCAGACUGGGCCCCCUCACCACAACUUGCUCGCCUACUGCCACGGGAACCACGGUUGGCCUCGAUGGGAUAACUACGUUCCAUCCCGAGUGUAAAUCUGGCCCGGGUCCGAUGGUCACUCCCGGCGUGACACCUACACCAACUGCUACCCAGACCGGGAACGGGAAUGGCCCGUCGUCCGCAGGGGGAAAUAUCACAUCCGCUACGUCAGCAUCAGCAUCGGCAUCAACGCCGACGACGAAAAAGCGCCGAGAUCCCCAUGUUCGAGAUCCAGGCGCACAUCACACAAUUCAGCCGCGAGGACCUGUCGAUGCUGCACUUAACCCUUCGUCCCAAACCCAAGUCGACGGCUGGAUGGCCAGACUGUCCAGGUUCUUCGUCCUCCCCUUUCAGUCUGGAGCCCCGAAUCCAACUACUCUAGCCACCGUCGUUCGCGAUGCCGCCACCACGACCGUCAAGUCUCGCCUAUGA